AUGUUCUACGCAAGAAACAUCGAAAUAUAAAACGUACGCAGCGAUUGAUCACCGCCGUGUAUCAUACAGCCAGCCGCAUCUUACCCCAUUCGUCACAAUAGCUCAUCGGCGAGAUGCUGUGGCCGCCACCCUCGCCCCCUCCACCUCCCUCUCGCUCUCUCUUCCUCACAUAAGGCUCUCCCUCCUCCAGCUGGAUGACGAGCUGCUGGAUGAGGUGGGGAUUGGCGGGCUGGGAGGGUGUCGGUCGCGGUCAGACACGCGCACGACACCCCCACCAGGCCCGCUCUCACGGUUGCAUCAAAAACGGAAGCGGCGCUGGUGGGCUUGGCGGGCUUGGCGGGCUUGGCGGGCUUGGUAGUGGUGGCCUUCUGCCUCAGCGUGCCUUCCCUCGCCCACUUCCGCCGCAGACGAGCCAGCUCCGCGUCGCUGUUGGCUCUGGCUUUGGCGACACCUGCCGCUAUCGCCUCCGACUGCGCAAGCAAGCAGGCGGGAACAGGCAAAGAUAAUGACCUUCCUGUCCUCGACCGCUGUUUGGUCCAUCGUUUUGUUACCGUCGCCCACAUCCUGGCCUUCUCCUGGGGUGUCACCCAGUUCGCCAAAUCCUGAUGGACAGACACACAGUGCACCGCACGCAGAGAGUGAGAGGUGUGCUGCGCGAGGGCACAUUGAAUGCGUGCGCCAUUGCUCACCUCCUCAGUGAGCGGCUCGUCAAUUUGACUCGUAGUGAUACGUCUCCAUCUCUACACACUGGCGGGCCAUCUCGUAGGCCUCCUGCAGUUCCUGGAACGCCUCAGUGGAGCCGCCCUUCUUGUCAGGGUGGCACUCCUGCAUCACAUUAGAUAUGCAUCACAUUAGAUGCAUGCAUGCGUCGAAUGGGCAUCUGCCCGCCAACGUGAGCCCUCUCCCUCCUCAUUCGCCAAUGCGCUUACCAGGGCACGCUCCAGGAACCGCGCUCUCACGUCAGCCAGGGUCGGCGUGGCGGACGCGUGGAGGCCUAGGACAGCGAGGGCGUCAGGCGAUGUCGGCAUGGUGACAGGGCGUGACAACUCAAGGGGGAGCUGACUUGAAAGUCCAGCAGCAAGGGCCAGGGCGCUGCU